UUUCUUUUUUUCCUUCGUCUUCAUCCAUUCAAAAUCCGUUCUCUUCUUCCUCUGCUUUCUUUCUGCAUUUUCCUCUUUCUACUUUUCUCUCUUUCUCCCUCUGCAUUUUAGAAACCGUACAUGUUACAUACAAAACACAUGGAUUGUAUUUGUUAUUGUCAUCCAUUCAUUUUUAACGUUGUAUUUACAGUUUGAUUAUAAUUAUAUAAUAAUUUACUAAUCACAUGAUUAUUGCCUAAUUAUUUAAAUUCACCAAUUAUUUACUUAUCAUGGAAGAAGGACAGGUUAAUUCUGCUGUUAAAAAGCCUUCAGAUUUGCAUUCAGACUUGGAAGCACAAAAAUUGAUUCUUUCUAAAUUGGAGGAUGAAUGUAAGAAAAAUUUCCUUGAUGACAAGUCUCUCAAUGAGACCCUCGGACAAUACAAAAAAGCAGCUCAUGAGUUAAAGAAUUCAAUAAACCAUUUCCUGGAUUCUAAGAGUGUAAAUGCUAAAUCUGUUGAUGGUGUGAAUAGGCCAAUAGAUGAAGAGCUUAAAGAAAAAAUUGACAUGUUAGAGGCUACGCUAAAAUCGUCCGGAAUCAUUAAGGAUGGACACAACGCUACCAAUGGAUCAACUAGUCAAGCUGCUGCAACUGGUACUGAUCAGGUUGCUGGGCAAAAUAGUGAUGACCAAACCAAAACAUCUCUUCGGCAAUCGCCACCAGUAUGCCCAAAGAAUGAUUCUCAACCUCAGAAUCAACAAACACAGAAUCAACCACAGCCAUUAACUCAAGUGAUGCCUCAGUCCCAACUGUCUGAUAAGAAAACAUCAAAGAGUAAAAAAGAAUCCAAUAAAAAGACUGCUAAAAGUGAACCCGAGCCUAAGAUCGGUCCUAUUCAACCUGAGUCAAAACCAGAACUUGAUAAAAAUAAUGUUACUGCUGAUAACCCAACGAAUAAAGAAACUAAAGAUUCAGAAAGCCUGUCACCUGAAAGGAAGCCUAAAACUACCUUAAAUAAGAAGUCUGCCCACAGAGAGAAGAGCACUAUCGACCAUAUUUUGAAAAAUCUCAACGGUGAAAAUAGCGAACAGAACCAACUCAAGCUGCUCUGUAAAAUGUACAUCGAUCUGAUACAAGAGAAUCGAGUUCUAGAUAAGGGUAUGAAACAACAUGUGAAAACCUGUGCUAGACUGAAUAAAGAGAAGGAACAACUUCAAUCAGAGAAUAAUCGCUUGAUUUUGGCCAAAAGCAGACUUGAAAGUUUAUGUCGAGAACUGCAAAAGCAUAACAAGGCAAUAAAAGAAGAGAGUUUACUGCGAGUUAAAGAAGAUGAGGAUAAACAUCGUACCAUGGCUGCCAAGUUUCAAGCAACUUUAAGUGAAAUAAUGAUUCUUGUUCAAGAAAGUCACCAGCGAAAUAAUACAUUGAGAGAAGAAAAUAUGCAAUACGAGAAAAAGUUACGGAUCUAUUUGGAACAUUAUGAUAAAUGGGAGAAAGAGAUCGAAAAAAUUUUAGCUUCAAAGGAUUUAGAAAUUCAAUUGACCAAGACUAAAUUAGCUGAAGCCAAUUUAACAUCUGAUCAUGAGAGAGAGAAAUUUAUUGAAGAGAAACAGCAAAUUUUGAAUAUGGUUUCCGAUCUGCAUAAAAAACACAGCGAAUCAGUGACCAAUGAAAAUCAUCUCAAGGCUCAACUCUCUCUUUAUAUCUCAAAAUAUGAUGAAUUUCAAGCAAUAUUAGCAAAAAGUAAUGAAAUGUUCAAUGGAUUCAAAAAAGACAUGGAAAAAAUGUCCAAACAAAUCAAAGACUUAGAGAGAGAAACAAUACGAUGGAAAAAGAAAUGUGAAGAAUCUGACAAAGCAUUGGCAAUAGCAAAUGAAGCGCGUAAAACCUCGAAUCAAAAGAUACAAAAGCUGGAAAACUUGUGCAGAGCUUUGCAGGCAGAGCGGAAUCAAUUAUCAGAACGCCUUGCAAAAUUUCAAUCCACGGAGAAAUCAGAGAACAAGAAACGCUCGGAAAAAAUUGAAUCAACAGAAAUCAGUGAUAAGCCCCUGGAUAACAUUGAAAAUGUCAAUCAAUCACCAAUUUGUGAUAAUGAAUCUACAAUCAUCAGUGAAUCAGAGUCUUCUCAAUCAUAGAGACGUUCAAUCUUCUCAAUCCAUUUUUACCAGAAGACAGAAGAGACUCAAACAUUUCUUAGCGCCUAUUAUAACUCUAGCCAUUAAAGAAAGGUGAAAACAAAAAUGGACGUUGGAAGGCUUCGUUUUUGAUUAUCAUUUUUCUUGUACUUAAUCGAUUUUAACAACACUGAUUGAAGAGCCUCGAAAAGCAAGGCUUAUAGUCAAACUUUGUCAAUUUGACAGAUCCCCAAAAAAUUAGCAUCGGAAACAGCCAUUAGCCUUUAAAUAAAUGAAAUCAAUUAAAAAAAUGAA